GAGACCAAACAAACAAUCUCUCCGUAUAUUGUGUGUGUAUAUUAUUUGUGAUACGCUUUUCUCCGUGAAACAGUUGGUUUAGCGCUUUUGGAUCGUUCACAUCGUCUUUUGUUUUUGCUUCUUAUUUUUUUUUUACAGUUUUUUUAAAACGAUUUUUUCAGCUGGUUACUCUGAUUUUUUUUUUACAAACGGGUUCGGUUGUGAAUUUCACGUGUAAAGUGGUUUCAUAGAAAAAGGAAAAGUAUUGGUACAGCCGAGAGAUUUAUGUGCCAUAAUUGCACUUGCCCAUUUGUUCACCCGUGCCAAAAGCUAGCUGAACUGAUUUAACUGCAAUAAUGACAGUUGUACAUAUCUAUUUGUUGGUGUUAUUUUGGGCUCCGGUGAUCUAUGGGGAGAUUCAGGCCAGUGGACCACCAUUAGAGGAUAUCAAACAAUGGAAUGUGUUGACAUACAAUCUACCAUGGGAUGCACCUACUAACAAUAAAGACUUCUACAAUCCAGUAUCAGUAGUUGCAACCGGCAUUGCUGUUGAUUAUGAACGUAUAUUUAUUGCAACACCUCGUCUAUUCAGUGGUGUCCCAGCUACCGUAUCAACUGUACCAAGAAAAAUCGCUGGAGAUUCAUCCGUUUUACAAGCAUAUCCGGAUUGGUCGUUCCAUACUGCGGGCCAACGUGCUUACAACUGUAGUGAAUUAGGACUCGUAUCGGUUUAUCGUAUGCGAAUCGAUUCGUGCAACCGAUUAUGGGCACUCGACGCCGGAGUUUCACGAUCACUCGAAGAUUUUGAAGUCACGUGUCCACCGAAGAUUUUGGUUUUUGAUUUGAAUACGGAUCAAGUCGUAAGACGCAUUGAUUUCCCACCUGAAGUGAUUCGCGGUGAAACGUUGUUCACCAAUAUGGUGAUAGAUGAAACCACAUCACAGCCAUCGAAUAAUUGCGACGAUGUGUUCGUCUACAUAACCGACACUGUGGAACCAGCAAUUGUUGUGUAUGACAGCGGUCGUGAUCUUACGUGGCGGUUAUCGCAUCCUGCCAUGUUUCCGGAUCCAAACUUUGCGCAAUCCAACAUUUUAGGUCAUCGAUUCACGCUGAUGGACGGUAUUGUUGGCAUCACAUUUGAUGCAACACUCGGAGUUGUUUACUUCCAACCACUGGCCACUGACCGACUGUUUUCAGUUAAAACCAGUGCAUUGCGUGCCGGACCAUUGCCAUUUGGCGCUGAACUGCAAAUACGUUUAGUUGGGAAAAAAUCGUCGCAAGGAAUUGGCUUGGCACUAAGUCCACGUGACGGCUCAAUUUUCUUCAGUCCAUUCAGUGAAACGGCAAUCGCCGAAUGGAACCCAAACACGAACAAACAAAAAGUUGUGUCGUACGACAAAGAACGUCUUCAAUUUGUGGCUGAUUUGAGUGCUCCAGCUCAAGAUCCGGGUGCAAUUUAUGUGCUAUCAUCACGCUUCCAUCGAUUCUUUUUGAGAAAUGUGAAUACAAAUGAUAUCAAUACGCGGAUUUUACGCAUUGGUGGUGCUAUGAAUUCGCCGCAACAACAGCAUUUGCCUGGAAAUAUACUGGCACCAGGUUACACCGGUCAAGCGUAUACCAUUGGCAAUACAAACCUGUUUCCAACGUCUCCACCAUCACCCCUUUUAUACAAAACCGAAAUAACACAUGCACCAUUCUCGCCAAGACCAAUUACAGACAUUAAAUCCACCUUUGUCGAUAACUUUUUCAAUAGCAUUCGGCAACCAUACCAAUAUGAACCGGUUGGUGUUAUUAAUAAGGCAAUAAAAAAUCCAUUUACCGCUUUAAAUACGGGUGAAACUCCCGAAAUAUAUCUAAAAACGCAUCAACCAACGUAUACCGCCUUCCAGAAGACAUCACAGAGCUUUGGCUCACUACAACAGCCAAUUCUAAGUCAAACCUAUGGUUUACUUGACAACCAAAAUUUCCUAACAAAAGUAAAUCCAAGUUUCAGCGAUUUUAAUAGCAUAAGACGUGCAAAGAGUAUCGCAUUUAAUUCAACGGCACUUCAUUAAACGAACAUCAGAAAAAAAAGUCAACACCAGAAAAAAAGAACAAAUUGAAACGACAAAUUCACAAUUAAUAAUUUAAAGUCGACAACUUUGCCGAAGACAAUUUUCUGAUAUAUCAUUUCAGUUAGUCGUCAAAAGCUUAAGAAUGAACAUACAUCGUUUUACAUCUCAUUAAUGAAAAUAUUCUUCAAUCCUUCGCAAAACCCAGUCCGCCCUUAAACUGAUUUCUUUUCAUUGGUUUCUUUUCAAUUGAAUUGAAUCAAGCCUUGUAUUUGCCAUAUUUUUAUGCUAGGAUAGAUUUUCUAUUCCAGCAUAAUUUAUCGGCAUAUGAUGCAUACAAACACACACGCUUGCGUCUCGCUGUACACGGUCGUUCGCGCGCACGCAAACAUGUACUCACAACAAUACCGCAUACUGCACGAAAACUUGUUUGCGCACACAUCUUCCGUACAUUAACGACCGUGCACUGAGCGAGGCAAGCGUGUGUAUUUGUGUGCACCGCAUGCCGAUGAUCUAUGCUGGAAUAGACUAUCUAUCCUAGCAUAGAAAUAUGGCAAAUACAAGGUUUGAAUUGAAUUGGAUCAAAAUACUCAACUGUCGAAUCAAAUGCCAUACACUUUAUUCCCUUCUGACACCCCACUUUCCAUCCAAAAUCAUUGAACUAUUUUAGACGAUAAGUGAAGUUGAAUGAUGUUUUCAAACUAAAGUGUUAGUAAUUUAUUUAUGUAUGCAUUUAUAAUAUUCUUGUGCGAUACUCAAUCAGCUGCCCCAAUGCUUAUUUAAUAAUAACAACAACCGAAAGAAUAGCACAAAAAACGAACAGUAUUUCAAUUAUUAGUGAAGAUAAUACUUAUUACAUAUUUCGAUUUCAAUGAUAUAUAUGCAGGGAAUUUUAUAAUUGAAUGCCAAUCUCUUUUCGUAGGUUCCGGUAUGGGUUAAUUUUAAUUCCUUCAGUCAAACUUCCUUUGUUUCUUUAUUGGAAAGUUUAGUGAGUCUCAAUAUAUUUCCUAAGAGCUAAAAACCAUAGAUAUAUUUGCAAAAAUGGGCUCUCAGUGGCCCUUAGCAUGAAAUCAUGGUGAUUUAAUCGAAAAUGAAACACUCUGUAGCUGUGUAGCCUCAGUAAAAUGGCCUCUGAGGGAAAAAAGUGCCCAUACACUUUUUCGUGGCAGAGAGAUUCUUAUGUAGUAGAUUUGCAUUCAAUUUUAAAACACACUGUAUAUAUUUGAAUUUUACAUGCAGAUUAUGCAGUUGAACCGAAUUCGAAUAUCAUUUAAAUAGUGAAAUGAUGAGAAGAGAAAAAUAAAAAUUUUGUUACCAAUCAAUUAAAAUAGCUGACUCUCUAUAUUUUAUAUGACCAGAAUUACAUUUAUUUCAAUGUAAAUGCGUUGUAUUGUACGACUUGAACAAAAUCGUUUUUUUUUUCUGGUGUUUUGUUGUUUCUUCUUUUCACACAGAGAUGGCGAAGCGUAUCCAAUAUUUUGUAUCAUCGCUUUCUAUGUUUAUACUUGAGUAUUUUAAUUUUUAUUGAUUUAGUUUGAACUAUUAAAAAAUAUAUUCAAUUUUUCUUAA